ACAUGCACUAUACUGUUCUAGCCGUGUUGGUCAGUUACCUGUCAUGGAGGGUCAUAUGCGAUCCCUCCGUUGUGUACAAAUUGAAAAAUAUCGAGUGCCUGACUGUGACCGGAUUCUCGGCAAACGCUUCGUGCCGUUUAAAGGCCGUUAACUGGAACAAAGCGGUGGCCCAAAUGGACGUUGAUCUCGUAAAGCCGUUGUAUAACAUAUCAGUUCAACUUCAGGUCUUUAAGAAAGACUACAGUAAUAAGUUCCAGCCGUUUCUUAUAAAUGUGGUCUUAAAUGUUUGCGAUUUACUAUCAAAACGAAGUUUUAUGCCAUACGGGUUAAUUAUUCUUAAAGUUGCUAAGCAAUUUUCGAAUUUUAAUCACAGCUGUCCUUAUGCUGGACAUUUAAUCGCACGCGACGCAUAUCUUCCCGAAUCAUUUUCUCCGAUCGUUCUACCAUUGGGCCUCUAUAAAAUGAACGUCACAAUAAUGGAAAACUACACAAGGCCGCCAAACGCACACGUCGGAGGUAUUGUGUGGUAUGUCCAAUGCAUGCAGCCAAUCCAGACAAAGAGAAAUCCGAAAUUACGAGCAUCCCGAUAUUGAACACUUAUCUAUAGUGUUGUUGUGAUUGAUGUCAUUUGUUCAUGUACAUGGGCAAAAAGAGUUUAAGUACAUUUUAUAUUUUCACGUUUUAUACUGGAAAUGUGUAUUAAUAAUUCAACA